UCUAUUAACAAUUGAUACUCAGUGCACUCUCAACCAACUCAAAAUGAAGGUUUUCAUCGCAAUUUUUGCUCUGACCCUUGCGGUUGCAUCUCAAGCAUCCUACAUCCCAGAGGAAGCAUCUUACCCAUCCUGGCCAGUCAGCAGCACCUCAGUGUGGCCAUCGAACGGAAUCUAUGCACAGGGAGCAUACAACGCUUGGCCACACACCACCGCUGCCAACUGGAACGCUCAGCCUUAUGUCAACUCGUGGUCCGCCUCUGCAUGGUCUCCUGCUGCCUCCAUCUACAACAAUGGCCUGUAUGGACACAAGACCGCCAACGUGGCUAACGCAGCAUAUCCUUGGGGACAACCAUGGGGAACGUACGGAGCUGGUGCACCGGUCUACGGUUUGGGAUACAACGGAGGCUAUCUGUCGUCGGUUCCAGUAUCCAAGCAAAUUGCUGUCACUCCCAGCUCGUACCACGUUUCUCCAUUUUCAGUCGGUGGACAGAAGCUGAUUGUGGCUUAA